UCCCCUUGAAUUUUUGCAACACUGCUCAUGAGGCCAGUCACGCUCUACCCUCGAUUGAGGUGUGGUAUAUGUCAAUUGAAAGCACAGCCUCGGAGGAGCUUUACAACCUCGCCGCUACUCCGUGAGCUCGACCUCGCAUAUGACUACUACUCCCCACCGACCGAGGAGGAGGCCAAUCGCAAUGCUCCAAUUCUCUUCUUACACGGCUUGUUUGGCUCUAAGAAGAACAACAGGAGCAUGAGUAAAGUGCUUGCGCGAGACUUGAAGAGACCUGUAUAUGCACUCGACCUCAGAAACCAUGGUGACUCGCCUCACCACCCGCUGCACACCUACUCUGCCCUCGCCUCCGAUGUCGAACAUUUCAUUCGCACGCACUCUCUCACCAACAGCACCUUAAUCGGGCAUUCCAUGGGCGCAAAAACCGCCAUGGCCGUCGCCCUUCGCUCGUCUGAUCUUGUUGCAAAUCUGAUUUCUGUCGAUAACGCACCCGUGGAUGCAACACUAAAAUCUUACUUCCAUCAGUACGUGCGCGGCAUGCAACGCAUCGAGGCCAUUGGCGUGACGUCGCAGAAAGAGGCCGACGCGAUACUGGCCGAGUACGAGAAAAAUGAGGCUAUAAGGUUGUUCCUCUUGACAAAUCUAGUGCGCACGAAAGGGGAGAGAGAGAUGCGAUUUCGUGUACCUCUUAAGAUCCUCGCUGGAGCACUGGACGAGCUUGGCAGCUUUCCGUUUGUAGAUCCGGAUAAGGUGCGGUAUGAGAAACCUGCGCUGUUUGUGCGGGGAACAAAGAGUCACUAUAUUCCGGACGACGUAAUUCCCAUUGUCGGCCGAUUCUUUCCUAAAUUCAGCCUGGCGGAUGUUGAGGCUGGUCAUUGGGUAAUUUCAGAAAACCCAGAGCCGUUCAAGGAGGCUGUAGAAGAGUUCUUGCUGGACGCGGAUGAGAAAGAUUGAAGAUCGGAAUAAUCUGAGCCGUCAUUUCAGCGCAAUAUCUCAAUACCUGUGUGAAUGUAAAGAUGUGUAAUGAAUGCAUAUACUUUUCCAUCGAUUUCCAAUGAGAUUUGGGCCAAUCUAGAGACUAGGCCGCAAGGACAAGUACAAGCAGCAUUUGGCGCUUUCUAUCUAUUUAGAACUAUGCCCAUCUGCAAAUGAGUAAAACGUCGCGAUCAUAACAAUAUUAGUUUGCGCAUAUACACCAGCAAUCCAAAGUCUUCAGAG